GCGCUGUGUGCCGAUGGGGGCGGGGAGAAGGCGGCCGGGGCCGGGACAAAAGCCGGAUCCCGGGCGGCUGUAGAGGCUUGAGCGCUCCGGGCUGUGGGCGGCGGUGAGUCAGGGCCUGUGGAGGGAGCGCCGCGCUCGGACUUUCGUGGAGAGGCAGAGCACGUCCCCCGGCAGCCAUGUCGGCCAAGGCAAUUUCAGAGCAGACGGGCAAAGAGCUCCUUUACAAGUACAUCUGCACCACCUCGGCCAUCCAGAACCGGUUCAAGUAUGCCCGUGUCACCCCCGACACAGACUGGGCCCACCUGCUGCAGGACCACCCUUGGCUGCUCAGCCAGAGCUUGGUGGUCAAGCCGGACCAGUUGAUCAAACGGCGUGGGAAGCUGGGCCUCGUUGGGGUCAACCUCUCCCUGGAUGGUGUUAAGACCUGGCUGAAGCCACGGCUGGGCAAGGAGGCCACAGUUGGCAAGGCCAGAGGCUUCCUCAAGAACUUCCUGAUCGAACCUUUCGUCCCCCAUAGUCAGGCAGAGGAGUUCUACGUUUGCAUCUAUGCCACCCGGGAGGGGGACUAUGUCCUCUUCCACCAUGAGGGUGGCGUGGACGUGGGCGACGUGGAUGCCAAAGCCCAGAAGCUGCUGGUUGGCGUGGACGAGAAGCUGAGUGUCGAGGCCAUCAAGAAGCACCUGUUGGUCCAUGCCCCCGCAGACAAGAAAGAAAUCCUGGCCAGUUUCAUCUCUGGCCUCUUCAACUUCUAUGAGGAUCUGUACUUCACCUACCUCGAGAUCAACCCUCUUGUGGUCACCAAAGAUGGAGUCUACGUCCUUGACUUGGCAGCCAAGGUGGACGCCACAGCCGACUAUAUCUGCAAAGUGAAGUGGGGAGACAUCGAGUUCCCUCCCCCGUUCGGGCGGGAGGCUUAUCCAGAGGAGGCCUACAUUGCAGACCUGGAUGCCAAAAGUGGGGCGAGCCUGAAGCUGACCUUGCUGAACCCCAAGGGAAGAAUUUGGACCAUGGUGGCUGGGGGUGGUGCCUCUGUCGUGUACAGUGAUACCAUCUGUGACCUGGGUGGGGUCAACGAACUGGCAAACUACGGGGAGUACUCGGGCGCCCCCAGCGAGCAGCAGACCUACGACUAUGCCAAGACCAUCCUCUCCCUCAUGACCCGCGAGAAGCACCCAGAUGGCAAGAUCCUCAUCAUUGGGGGCAGCAUCGCCAACUUCACCAACGUGGCCGCCACAUUCAAGGGCAUCGUGAGAGCCAUCCGAGAUUACCAGGGUCCCCUGAAGGAGCAUGAGGUCACCAUCUUCGUCCGACGAGGUGGCCCCAACUAUCAGGAGGGCUUGCGGGUGAUGGGAGAAGUGGGAAAGACCACUGGAAUCCCCAUCCAUGUCUUUGGCACCGAGACACACAUGACGGCUAUUGUGGGCAUGGCUCUGGGCCACCGCCCCAUCCCCAACCAGCCACCCACCGCGGCCCACACUGCGAACUUCCUCCUCAAUGCCAGCGGGGGCACGUCGACUCCAGCCCCCAGCAGAACUGCGUCUUUUUCUGAAUCCAGAGCUGAUGAGGUGGCACCUGCUAAAAAGGCCAAGCCCGCCAUGCCAGCAGAUUCAGUCCCAAGUCCGAGAUCCCUGCAAGGGAAGAGUGCCACCCUCUUCAGCCGCCACACCAAGGCCAUCGUGUGGGGCAUGCAGACACGGGCCGUGCAGGGCAUGUUGGACUUCGACUACGUCUGCUCCCGCGACGAGCCCUCAGUGGCCGCCAUGGUCUACCCGUUCACCGGGGACCACAAGCAGAAGUUCUACUGGGGUCACAAGGAGAUCCUGAUCCCCGUCUUCAAGAAUAUGGCAGAUGCCAUGAAGAAGCACCCGGAGGUGGACGUGCUCAUCAACUUUGCUUCCUUGCGUUCUGCCUAUGACAGCACCAUUGAGACGAUGAACUACGCCCAGAUCCGGACCAUUGCCAUCAUCGCCGAAGGCAUCCCUGAAGCCCUCACCAGGAAACUGAUCAAAAAAGCCGACCAGAAGGGAGUCACCAUCAUCGGCCCUGCCACUGUUGGAGGCAUCAAACCUGGAUGCUUUAAGAUCGGGAACACGGGGGGGAUGCUGGACAACAUCCUGGCCUCGAAGCUGUACCGGCCGGGCAGUGUGGCCUAUGUGUCGCGCUCCGGGGGCAUGUCCAAUGAGCUGAACAACAUCAUCUCUCGGACCACAGAUGGCGUCUACGAAGGCGUGGCCAUUGGUGGGGACAGGUACCCUGGCUCCACAUUUAUGGACCACGUGCUCCGUUACCAGGACACUCCGGGGGUCAAGAUGAUUGUGGUUCUCGGGGAGAUAGGGGGCACAGAGGAAUACAAGAUCUGCCGGGGCAUCAAGGAGGGUCGCCUCACCAAGCCCGUGGUCUGCUGGUGCAUCGGGACCUGUGCCACCAUGUUCUCCUCCGAGGUCCAGUUCGGCCACGCUGGAGCAUGUGCCAACCAAGCUUCGGAAACGGCCGUAGCCAAGAACCAGGCUCUGAAAGAGGCCGGAGUAUUUGUGCCCCGGAGCUUUGAUGAGCUUGGAGAGAUCAUCCAGUCUGUGUACGAGGAUCUUGUGGCCAAAGGGGCCAUCGUACCCGCUCAGGAGGUGCCGCCCCCCACCGUGCCAAUGGACUAUUCCUGGGCCAGGGAACUGGGCUUGAUCCGCAAACCGGCAUCAUUCAUGACCAGCAUCUGCGACGAGCGUGGGCAGGAACUCAUCUACGCGGGCAUGCCUAUCACGGAGGUCUUCAAGGAAGAGAUGGGCAUUGGCGGGGUCCUCGGCCUCCUCUGGUUCCAGAGAAGAUUGCCCAAGUACUCCUGCCAGUUCAUUGAGAUGUGCCUGAUGGUGACGGCUGAUCAUGGGCCCGCAGUGUCCGGUGCCCACAACACCAUCAUCUGCGCACGCGCUGGGAAGGACCUGGUCUCCAGCCUCACGUCAGGGCUGCUCACCAUCGGGGACCGCUUUGGGGGUGCUCUGGACGCCGCAGCCAAGAUGUUCAGCAAAGCGUUCGAUAGUGGCAUUAUUCCCAUGGAGUUUGUGAACAAGAUGAAGAAGGAAGGCAAGCUGAUCAUGGGCAUCGGCCACCGAGUGAAGUCGAUCAACAACCCAGAUAUGCGGGUGCAGAUCCUCAAAGAUUAUGUCCGACAGCACUUCCCUGCUACCCCACUGCUCGACUAUGCUCUGGAAGUGGAGAAGAUUACCACCUCAAAGAAACCAAAUCUCAUCCUGAAUGUAGACGGUCUCAUUGGAGUUGCCUUUGUAGACAUGCUUAGAAACUGUGGGUCCUUCACUCGGGAGGAAGCUGAUGAAUAUAUUGAUAUUGGCGCCCUCAACGGCAUCUUCGUUCUGGGAAGGAGUAUGGGCUUCAUUGGACACUAUCUUGAUCAGAAGAGGCUGAAGCAGGGGCUGUACCGUCACCCAUGGGAUGAUAUUUCCUAUGUUCUUCCGGAACACAUGAGCAUGUAACAGCCAAGAAUCCUCCUGUGGCCAAGGGAAGACACAACCUGCUCCCGAUGGACCUGCUGGCUUUGAAGCUCGCUCUAGCAUGGGCCCGGAAUGGAAACAGCCACGGGUUCCAGCCACUGAAGACCAACCCACAGGCUAACACUGUUCAGUCCACUCAAAGAAGCUUCAUUUUUUUUUUAUAAGCAUAGAAAUCAAAACUAAGCCAAUACUUGUGACAUUUGCUCUGCUACCUGCUGUAUUUAUUAUCUGGAAGCAUCUAAGCAUUGUCAGGCUAGUGUUUUUCCUCCUUAUAGGGUGUUACAAGGUUGCUUUCUUUUUUUUUUCUUUUGUUUUU